AUGGACCAUCCCAUUAAAGUCCGAACGAGGAACUCUGAAAUUUGUUAUUUCACGCCUCCUUUUCGAUCUGAAUAUGUUUCUUCUCCUUCUUCUUCUUCUUCUUCUUCUUCUUCUUCAAUUUUAAGAGAUUUAUCAAAACCAAUUAAACAAUCUGAACAUUCGAUCAAUUCAACUAAUGAUCGUCGACACUUAAGACGUUAUCAACAAUGGCACACACAAGCGCAAAAACCAUUUACACCAAGAUUUUUUAAUAUUUGUAAACCAAAUUUUGGUAAAGAUUUCAUAAAUUCCAGUCAAUCAAUAAUAGUCGAUUUGAAAGCAGCAGCAGGUGACAAACCAAAACAUUACAAUGAAGCGAAUGAAGAUUCUUUCCGCGAUAUUAUAUUUACACAAUUAUGUUGUGUUUUAUGGAUUCUGGAACAAAUGUAUCAUUUAACACAUCCUGAAAUUACUUCAAAAUGGCGACCAAUUUCAGCAUCUUGGGAAUUAAGUGGUGAUGAUUCAUCAUCACCAAUGAAAUUAAAAAAACCAAAAGAACAACAAAAUCUUACAAAUAAAAUUUGGUAUCAAUUUAUUAAAGAUACAAGUUCAUCAAGACAAACAAAGAUAAGAUUUCGAAAUCAACGACCUAGUUCAGUGAGAAGUUUGAGUUCUUUACAAUCGACAACAUUAUCUGAACAACGAUCUACAACACCAUCAUCAUCAAUUAUGAAAACACAAUCAACAAGGAGAACAUCGAAAUCCGGUUUAAAAAAUCUUACAGAACAAUCAUCGAAUCCAAUUUCAAAUUUGAGAAAAAAUUCAAACAAUUCAUCAAUAAUAGUCAAUAAUUCAAAUCAAACAAUUUCUGAAAAUAAUUUGAACAAUAUUAAUAAUAAUAAUAAUAAUAAUAAUAAUAAUGUUACUGUAACUGAUACUACACCUACCAUGAAUCGAAAAGAUGUACGAUUUUCGGAAAUUUCAAAUACUUCAAAACAAAAUAGAAACUCAAUUACUCAAUGGGUUGAUUAUACAAAAGAAAUUCGUAAAAUGUCAAGAGAAUCAUUAACUGAACUAGCACAUGAAAUCGAAGUGGAUUUGGACAAGGAAAGUAUGCGUGAAACGGAAUUACGCAUGAUCACUCGUGGUCGAAUGACAUCGAAAAGUGGUGCUAAACCAAUAAUAACACAAGAAUCAUUUCAACAAGAUCAAAUGAAGGAACUUCCAAAAGAGUUUACAAGUUCUAAACUAACUAAUUUAGUUGAUAAUAUACGCAAACAAUUAGCUAUCAUGGUUGAUGAGAAUGCAGUUGAAUUACAAGAUCGUUUGCAAUAUAUGAAACAAAUAAAACCAGAAAUGUGCUUAGCUAAAUAUCAUAAUAUACCAGUGAAAAGUCAUAAACCAACUACUAUUCAAUCUCUGUUGAAACUAGCUCAUUAUGAUAAAUUAACUAGUGGUGGUGGGUCGGCGAAGAAAUCUAAUAUGAAAAAUCAAUUAGCUCCAUGGUAUGUGGAUAUUUUAACUGAUUUAUCCGAUUUGAAAUCUGAACCGAAAUUUUCUUCGGUUCUAUCAAAACUGAAAUUUUAUGCUGAAUUAUCGCCAAGUUUAUUUACAGUGAUCACAUUUACUCGUGUAUUGUGUUCUUUAACAUUGUGGGAAAUACUUUCACCAGCAAGUGUUGCAGCUAUCGAUUUUAUACGAACACAUAUUAUAGACAUGUCAGCUGAUGAAUAUUUUGAUUGGUUAUAUCAAACGUAUCCAAAAAUCAAGGAAUUUAUCAAUCAGAAUAUAAAAAUUUGAUAUUUGCUGCAAUAAUCACUGAUCAAUAAUAAUCAAUGGCUAACUUCAUUUGUUGUUGUUGUUCAAUUAAGAUUUGGAUUUCAUCAUAUUUGCGAAUAUUUUCUUGUGAUCAUUAUUAUUUAUUAUUAUUAUUAUCUAUUCAAACUACUUAUUUAACUAUUCAUUAAUAUAUAUCUAAUUGUGAAAUAAAUUUGAUGAGUGUUCUG